AUGAGCACCAGCGACAUGUUCGGUCGGGAGGCUGCUGAUACCCCACACACACCCUCGGUAGACCAGCAAGCAUCGCCCAAUUGCCCACACGCAUCCUCUGGGCUGGUGAAUGCACAAGACACCCGAGGGAUACUAGGGCGUGGGCAGGAACCAGGUGACAUGGGGAUGGACAGGGCAGUGGUGGAGUGGGAGGCGCAACGCCGUCACUUACAGGAGCUGCAUAAUAGACGGCGGCGUGAGCUUUCAUGUGGUGCCACGGCAACAGAGUCGCACGGCACUCUUGGACCUUCAGUGGGUCCUAGAAAGGCUCCACUUGGGCCGCGCCUGGCACGACGACAGGAGCUGAGGCGUUCGGCACGGGCGGUAGCCGACACGCGCAGUCGGCAAGAGUGGCCGACGGGAGAGCAGGAGGUGCUGACAGCGGGGAGGCAGGAGGUGCAGGAUGAGGGUCGGGAGUGCGGGGCAGGUGGGCAGCAGGGGGCGACGGAUGCAAACCUGCCGGAAUUGGUGCCAAGGAGCCACCCGAGCCGUCUGGCGGAGGGACAGCUAGGCUUGCCGACAGAGGUCCAAGGGGAGAUGUGUGUGAAGGAGCAGCGGGAGCGAGCGGGGCAAGGAGGGAAGCCACUGCGGGAGCAACCAGGAAUGCAGCAUGGCCUGUCGGUGGGUGAAGGGCUUGCUGCAGGGGAGAUUAGCGGCCUAAAUCCUUUCCCAAAGGCAUGA